AGCCCCCGGCAGAGGGACCCGGGGAGCGGCCGGCGGUCCCGACUCGGGCCGCACCACCCACGGGCGGGGCCGGGAUCGGGUUUCACAUCCUGCUUCGCUCGCGGUCAGAGCAGCCAUGGCGGAGAGCUCGGACUGGGUGGAGAUCAUCGAGCCUCGCUCCCAGGAGCGGAUGUAUGUGAACCUGACCACUGGGGAGUGCAGCUGGGAGCCCCCUCCCAACCUGAAGGUGCGCCAGUCAGACCAGAAGCAGUGGUGGGAACUCUUCGACCAGAACAACAACCGCUUCUACUACUACAAUGCCAUCACGCAGCAGACAGUGUGGCACCGGCCCCAGGGCUGUGACAUUGUGCCCUUAGCACAGCUCCAGGCCACGAAGGGCAGCUCCCAGCCUGACUGCUGUGGCCAGGAGCACCGAGGCAGCACUGGCAGCGGUGGCAGAAGCACCCCCAUCCAAAUGACUGUCUUGGAGGAGAUGGAGAAGAGCAAGAGGAAUAGUGUGGCAGAGAAGAGGAAAGAUCCUGCCAGGGAGACUCCUACCCAUUGGCAGCCUCUGCCAGGCACCAAAGCAGCCAUGUUGGUCAAAGUGAACAGUUUGAGGCCGAUGCAGAACUUUUCAAACAGUUCUCUUCAGCUGCAGGGCACUCCAAAGCCCAACAGCCCAAAAUCUCUUCCCAAACCAGCUAUGAAUGCUCAGCCUCAAUCCACAUCCCAGAGCCCUGGACCCACAAAGCAAAUGCCUGCUGGGCAAAUAAAGCAGUCUAUGCAGAUCAAAAAGACGGAGAGUGGUGGGUUUUGCCUGGUGAUGAUGAAUGGUCCUACUUCUCAAACACCUCCAAGAAGCCGGACCGGAACCCCCCAGCCUGCAUCCCCCACAUAUGCCUCUCCUGCACCUAUAUAUGAUGAGCCAUCUUUAGAGUUGCCAAUUUAUGAUGAGCCACCAGUAGAUAUGGACACUGAAAGCAUUUGUAUGAGUAGGAUGUCUCCACCAAGGUCACCAAGCAAUAGCUUAAAAAAGCAGCUGCAACCAACCAAAUUAUUGCAGCAUCCCAGUAUGCAACAACAGCAUGCUGCAAAGAAGCAUACAAGAAAUCCCUCUUCCACUGAGUACAGCCCAGCUGGCAGAGAAUAUAUAAGACAUAUGGUCAAUGUUGACCAAUCUGCCAAACUCUCCCGCUCAUCUGCUGCAAUAACGGAUACCUCCACUAAACUGCCUGGUCAGCUUGCUUCAAAGGACAGCUUCAAGGAGUCUUGGAGGAUCUUGGAAGCCAAUGUCCUCCAGAACAUGGAACUCCACCACAGUCGGCAAAACAGCCUGCAGACUCGGGAGUUCCCAACUGGGCAUCAGGAUUCUGGUUAUUCAACUGGCCCUUCUCCAAGCUUGAGAAAAAGGAAAGGAAGGAGGCAAGGAGCAGGUCAAGCAAGACCUGGCUCUGUGGGCAGCAGCAGUGAGCUCACAGCUCUGAAUGAUAAAGUAAUCGCUGAGAUGCGUGCUGUGGUGGGCAGAUCAGCAGCUUGCAGGGGAAGCAAAGCCAGCCUGGAUGCUGAGAGCCUGGAGAACAGUGUUCCAGCAGAGAGCAGCAAGGUCAGGUUUCAGUCUGACCACUUGAAAAAAUCCAUCAGCCAGAGCUCCAGGGAUGAUGUCGCAGCCAGCAACAUUUCUCUGUACAGACAGGACAUGGAGAUUAAGGAAUUUUUUCCCAGCAGUGUGGCUGCUCCACAGGACACAAUGAGACAGAAGAGAACUUUUGAGAAAAUAGAUUCUUUAGAAAAGAAUGUCACCAGCCAGACAAGCUUGACUUCAUCAGGCACUACGCGCCAUUCCUCACAGCCUGAGAUCAUAGAGCUAGAGCCCAAGCAGGAGGGCAGCAGCCAGCGUGGUGGCUGUGUGGGAUGCCAUUUCCCUUACAACACCCUACGGAAGCCCAUCUCUCAGAGCAGCAUGGCGGAUUGGGCUUCCAAAAACCUGAACAUGCACACGCAAGGCAUCUUCCGACGAAGGAUCUCCAUCUCCAACAUGCUGUCCUGGAAUGGUGGCUCCAUUAAAAAGCCAAUGCUCAUCACUAGCAACCGGACCAUCAAAAAAGAGGCAUGUGAGAUGUUCAAACUGGUGCAGAGCUACAUGGGAGAUCGUCAGACUCGCAUGGACCGCAAUCACGUGGCAUUGGUCACAGUCACCAAGUGCUGGAGCAUGCAAGGCUUGCGGGAUGAGCUCUACAUACAGCUGAUCCGGCAGACAACAGAUAACAUGUGCUACCGAAGCCUGGCAUGGGGCUGGGAACUCAUGGCCAUCAGUCUGGCCUUUUUUUCCCCAUCACCCAAAUUUCAGUCUUACCUGGAAGGUUACAUUUACCGCCACCUUGACAAUGAUGAAAAGAUUGCCCAGCACAUCAAGGAGCUUGUGGAUCUGAAAAACAAGAAGCUCACAAAAUCCAGGAAAAAGAGGAAACAAAACACAGAGGAUGAAGGUCUGCCCAUUAGCACCUACGCCAAGUACUGCUACCGGAAACUCCAUAAAGUAGCCGUCACUGGAGGCAAAAAGGGCCUCCGUAAACCAACAGUGGAAGAGAUAAUGCAUGCCAGGAAUGCCAUCCUCACGCCAUCGCUCUUUGGCAGCUCCCUGGAGGAAAUCAUGCUGCGGCAGCAGGACAUGUACCCAGGGUACAAGCUCCCCUGGGUGCAGACACAGCUAUCACAGCAGGUCCUGGCCCUGGGAGGGGAACAGACUGAGGGGAUUUUCAGGAUACCAGGUGACAUAGAUGAAGUCAAUGCAUUGAAAUUGCAGGUGGAUCAGUGGAGAAUCCCAAACAGUCUCAGUGACCCCAACAUACCAGCCUCUCUCCUCAAGCUGUGGUAUCGGGAGCUGGAGGAGCCUGUGAUCCCCCAGCAGUUCUACAAAGAGUGUAUCAGCAACUAUGAGAACCCCGAUGCUGCCGUGGCUGUGGUGCAGCUUUUGCCAGAGCUCAACAGACUGGUGCUGUGUUACCUCAUACACUUCCUGCAGAUCUUUGCUCAGCCAUCAAAUGUGGGCAGAACAAAGAUGGAUGUGAAUAACCUGGCCAUGGUGAUGGCCCCCAACUGCCUGCGCUGCCAGUCCGACGACCCUCGUGUUAUCUUUGAGAACACACGCAAAGAAAUGUCUUUUCUCCGCAUGCUGAUAGUGCACUUGGACACGAGCUUCAUCAAAGGGCUGGUUUGAGCCACUGGCCCCAUGGUGCAAAACGUUGCUCUGAGGAGUUGCUAGAUUAAGUCUUCUCCUCUCCAUGUAGGUUUCUUCCAUUGUCCUUGCUGUUGUCAUGCCCUGGGUUAGCCCUUCAGCAUUUCCCAAUAUAUGAUCACAAGGACUGGGCAUUUCUGGAAGGCUUGGUUCUGUCAGCACCAGGAAAUCCUUGGGCAUGCAAGGUCAGAUUAGCAGUUCCUGGCCUUUCAGUGUGUGUCAGAGAGGCACAAUCCUCUUCCUGAGAGCCACAAGAUUGGGUGCUUAAUGAAAGGGCUGUGACAUGUGCGAGGAACUGCUACAUGGGGCAGUGAGACUCUCCAUUUCCCUUCUAGAGGCAGAGUUGGCUUGAGGUAGGAGAACGUCACUCCUGUGCUGUAGCAAGAUCUGGUCCAAAGGAAGAUGCUGCCUCAUCAGGAAUAAUCCUACUACUACUGGGCCAGCCUUGUUCACCUCUGCAGACUGUUGGCUGGAGGUGUCAGGGUUGUUCUGAUGUCCCACAGUGCUGUUAGUAGAGGGCUGUGAAGAUGCAAAGGUUCAAGAACUGUAGAGCUGUGCAGCAGCAUGUGAGACUAGCUUAGUACCCACCCACACCAUGAUACUGGGCACAACAGGAAGGCCACACACCUGACAACAGAUAAACAACCACUUUGGCAUCCUCUUUAAUGAGGAGCAUUAUCUUCUGGAGCAGUGACCACAGUGGCCUUGCAGCUCCUGUUCGCUACAGACAGCAUGAGCUGACACCAGCUUAGCUGAGGAGCACCUGAGCCCAUGCUCAGAGCAGCCUUCACAGCUCCAGUUCCUCACACCCCCCCUUCCUAAUGCCACAUCCUUCCCAGACCACUCUGCCAGGAACUAAAUACCAGUUUGACCCACCCUUCUUGCUCAGCCCAGGUCUAAAGAAAGCCUCCAACAGUCAGAAGUGGUUCUGUGCUCAGGUACACCCUUCCAGAAAAAGCAGUGCUGUGUGCUUGAGAAAUGCUAGUACUGCCUGUAGUCAACUGUGGUAUCUAUGCUCUUCCUUUGAGGUGUUUUCCUUGCUGGAGGCCGCUCUGCUGCAGAAAAGUAUGUUUUGGGAUUACUGAUGUAGUGUAAAGUCUGCCAGUAUCAUGCAAGGUUGCAUUUGUGUUUCUGUAUCCCUCUCCCUUUCCAGUGGGGACCUGAGAUCAUCUUCUACAGACUGCAGUGGGGAGCUGAGCCCUGCCAACAGCGAGGUUUAGAGCUGAUGCCUGAAUCAGUACCAGCGUGAGCGUGAGGUGCCAUGUGCCAAGUCUUUCUAAGAGGGUUCCCAGAGCCUAUGUUCAGAUGAGUUUGAAUAAACUCCAGAGCAGGAAUUCAGUUUUGUGCCCAGCUGAAUAAAGGUUCCUCAUACCAGAUGGUCCUGUGGGCCAGGAAAUGUGCUCCCUUGUCAAGAUUAGCUUUGUCAAGCAUGCCCACGAAAUGUGCCAGCAUCUGUUUCACGUACACACCCAUCUCCAUGCUUUGAUGACGCUCAGCUUGCUCUGUCCUUCUGUAGUGCUGAACGUCUUGUUCUUCAGAUGUGAAGCUACUGCCCCAGAAGUGUAGAGACAGGCAGAGGUUACUAGCUCUGACAUGCUGUCCUGAGAUUUGAAUCACUGAACAAGCUCAGGCUGUCCUGUUGCCUGCCAAGGGCUGGAGCAGCCAUGUGGGACCUGCCCUCCUCUUCAGGCUGCAGGUGCCUAUGUCUGUGUCAGGCUUUGCCUGAAGCCACUGAAGUAGUGAUCCAUGUUACUUCUUGCACUCAGCCAGUGGCAGUCAAUCAAACCAUAGGCAUUUGCUGCUAAUAAAAGUGAAUGAUUCUGGCAAGGGUUGUAAAACAUGCUCAUAAAAGACACUGGAUAUUACUGUCUUUGCCAACAGAUUUGUAAAUACAAUCAGUAAAGUAGCUUUUCCUCUGUUCUAAUAGUAAUAAAUACAAUCUUCAUGGCUGUAUCUUUGUGAAUUGUCUUUUUUGUGAGUUUCUGCAGCGUGAUUACAUCUGCAUGGGGCUGUACAUUUCAGCCUGAAUGUCAGUGCUCUUGAGUAAGAUUUGAGAAUCAGCAUGAAGUAAGCACUUGGAAGCCAUGCUUUGGGCUGGUUCUGUUGUUCGUAAUUCUCAGGCAGCUACCAAAGGACACUUAAUGAAUCUUGGAAGAGAAUGGUUUGAAACAGGUAAAAGACAAUACUGCUUUACACAUAUCUUCUGGAGCCUUUAGGGUCAUAAAGGUAUGAGAGAAGUUUAUGGGCAGUUGGAGGGUAAGAAGGAUAUUCUGCUUGUGUCCCUCCUCCUGCAGCUGGGAGUGCUGCAGGUGGACUGCAGGAGGUGGCUGCACAGGCAUCCUUUGCAUUGCCCUCUGCAGGGUCUCUGCUGAUGGAGAUGUAAUUAAUUGGGCUGUUAGGCUGACCUGGUGGGGACAUUUUUAUGUUCUGACUGGAGCAUUCUCUCAUCUUUCCUUGCUGGUAGUCCAAGGAACCACUGGAAGCAGUGUGUUGGUGCUCGAGACUGGUGUUAGUCACACAGUUGUGGAGCUGCAGGGCAGAUGCUGGCUGUGCUACUUCAGCCACACAGGAAUGACCCCAGGCUCUGGGUUGUGUUGCUGGUGCUCUGGUGCGUGGUCACUGUCCUGUCAGACUAGGAAAAGCUGCUGCACUUCAGACAAAGCCAAUGAGGACUGCUCUGUCACACCAGCAGUUUAGGAUCACAUAUGAUGGCCAUACCACCAAGUCUUCCCACCAGUCUGGCUGGCAGAAGCAUUGUAGGUGGGCUGUAGGGCAAUGGAGUGCUGAAGGAAGACCAGGAACAUUGUAACCUCACACAGCUCUUUCCUAGGGGGAUGUCUGCAGCCCAAUUUCUGAGUGUUAUCCAAAGCUUUUCUUUGAAAUGAGCUGAUUUUUGCCAAAUCAGAAAAGGCCACAAACCAGAUGCUUCAGCUCAGGCUCCAAGACUCAGGCUCACUCUUGCAGUCGUGACGGCCUGACACCUGGAUCAGUUAAAGAAGUGAUGGCCCGAGCAGCAGCUGGCCUUGGAACAAGCUUGUGGUUUGUUCUGGGCUUCUGUGAGCAGUGCAGUUGGACCAAGUGCUAGAGGGCCGCUGGGACACAGCUCCUUGAGGGGAGGCACCAGUGGCUUGUCCAUUACCUGCUGCUGGUUGUGAGAAACUGAUGUGUUCCCAUGAGGCCAGCACUCCUGCAGUUUCCUUUUCACAGAGCCUUACAAGAACUUUUUGCUAUGCCUGCGAACAGAAAUGGUAAAAGAACUCUGCUCAUGGCAGCUGAUAGACACCAUGCCCUCAUGUCUGUUGCCCAUGUGCCACCUCAGCUUCUGAAAAGGCUGGGCAGUUAUGGUGGAUCACAGGUGGAUUUUGGACCUGUGUCCUAGAUUGCAAGGCAAUGUAUAGUCUAUUUGCCAUCUGUUAGAGGUCAGUCAGUUUUCUUCUGUUAAUUGGGCAGUUCUCUUCAUCUCUUCCACAAACCAAUCCUCCCUCUGGGGAGACAUAUGUUGUUAAUGGGUCACUGAAUGUCACUGCAUGACUGAUAAAAAUUACAGCAUCCCACUGUGAGAUGCUCCGCUAAGAAGGAGGAGCCCAGCAUUCUUAAGUGGAUAUAAUCUGAGGUUUUGGGACACCUGAUCAGCCUUUUUACUGGAUUCUCAGAGGAACAGCUGCCUUUUCCACUGGAUCUUCAGAGGAAUGCUACACUCUUCUACAGGAUCACUGCUCCACAGAACCACAUCUGCCGUUCCAGGAGGACUGCAGCCACCAUUCCAAUUGGACUGCUACCAACAAUCUGACCAACAGGGUGUUUGGUUGUAUUCUGACUAUGUCAGUGGUUUUUCUUUUGUAUUAUUGCAUGUCUUGUUUUGUUUUUUUCCCUUUUCCUAAUAAAUUGUAUUUCUGACUUGG